UUUAUUAUAAUGAUGAAGGGUCUAACAUAACCACUCGAGGAAUUUGUUCGAACUAAAUCCAACCAUUGGCAUGUCAACAAUUAUCACAAUGGAGAAUGAGGGGAGAUUCGCCGAGGGUCAAAAAAUGGGCAAGGUAUUUGGAGAAGAAUGGAAAAUAGUGGAAACUACAUGCAGUUUUAUGAGUUCUGUGCUGCACUGUUGGAACUCUAAACCACUCCUACUGUCUUUAUAUAAAGCCAUAAAGCAUCACCAACGCCAUUUACUCACACAACUUUGAGAGAAAAUUCACGGAACUACUACUAGUUACAACGAGCACCGAUAGGCACUUUAAAUGAUUCUCCAUGGUUACUAAUAAACAAGAGCAUUGUAGAUAUGUUGUUUCUUGGGGGAGGGGAGUUGUUUAGUGGCAAUAGUCAUGUAAAUGCAAUGUUGGGCGGGGCAAACAAAUAUAUUGUAUUCGAUGAGAAGACAAUACAUUGUUGAUUUACUUUAUGGUGCAAAAUGUCGGUGGAAAAUUUAGAUCAGGUCAUUAUGGCAGAUUGUGAAAAGAGGGGUCUAAUUGUUUCGAAAGAUGUUGUUCUUUUUCUUUUGGAGCUUUACAAAUUGAAUCCCGAAUAUGCGACGAAAGCAAACAAUGAGGAGCCUGAUAAUAAAGCUAUUGACAUCAUCACAGAAAAACUCCUAGCACAAAAUAGUCCGAGCUUGUUUACGCUUAAGAUCCAGCUGUACUUCAUGAAACAUUACGGAACGAGGCCUGUUAUAAUAAAAAAACAUCGACAAAGGCUCGAGAAGAGGACUCAAUUGCUAGUCAAGGAAAUAUGCGACUUGAAAGACUUGAUCAAUAAGAAAGACACCGAAAAACUUUAUCAAAAAAUUCUCGUCAUCAUCACAUUAGCAAGUGGCCUGGGAAAUCCGAUGGACACUUCGGUCCUCAGAGAAACAUCCGUCGCUCUGCAGAGUGUUUAUGGUCUAUCGGAGCUCAAUCAUUUCAUUACUUUAUCAAAAGACGAGAAGAAAUAUAAAUUAGUGCAGCUCAUUAAGAUUGUAGCGGGGAUCAGGCUAUUCAACAAGGAUUGUCGAAGGGGUGGAGCCGGCAUCGAUGACUUGCCGCAGAUAUUGCAGAAAGCAAUUGAAAAGUCUCACCAAUCGAUUCUGGAAUUUCUGCAAGACAUCAUGAAGAGAGUUUACCGAUUCACAGCUGCAGUGGAGAAUAUUGUGCUGAUCCUGUCAUCGUCAUUGAAAUCUCCACGUUUUUCCGAUAAUCAUACAGAUCAUGCUAUUUGGUUAAUUGAGACGCUCACAGCGUACAGACAACAAGAAAUUUUCAUCAGAAAACUUCUGGCAGAUGUUGAGUCGAGUGAUAAAGAAAUCAGAGGAUCUGUCGUGCGUUUGAAGUCUCGCCUCUUGAAAAUUCACGACACUGUGAGAUACCGAACGGCUAUUCCAACAAUUCAAGUCUACCCACAAUUCGUUGACCUGGCAGAUAUCUGGAUUAAUCUGCAAAAUGAAGUUAUAAUUCUCAGUCAAAUAAAUAAUCUAGUCUGCCAGAUAAAAGCCCUGAGCAUGAAAAAUUUUGAUGCUGACAACGAUGUGAAUCAUUUAGAAAUCGAUCGAUUCGUCAAAGGCAGAGAAAUUCCAUCUGACGCAGAGAGAUUGGAAAGGUCCAUGGGAAAAUUGAUAACUAAAUGUGGAGACUGUUUGAUAUAUUAUCCACACAGCACGAAGAAUUUCGAAAAAAUUCACCUGGAGUUUCUAGGGUUUUGUGCAUGGAGUUUCACGUUAGGACGGGGUGCAUUAAUACCGGGUAAUCCAAAUAUCGGAGUUGUCAUGUGGAGAGGCAAAUAUUUUGCUUUCAGCUCAAAUGAUGCAGCUAGGAAAUUCGGCGAUGACCCAACUAGAUUUCAUCACGAAGCGAUGGAUUUUAUCCGCAGACAUGCCGAAUAUAUUCAUCUCUUUCAGGUUCAAGAGGACAUUGAGAACAUGAAUAAUGGCAAUGAAUUCCUUGAUACAGAACACACGGUGAAAAGACAACAGGAUCAAGCGUUUCAAACAGAUGUUCAUGUUUUCGCUUCAAAAAUCAGCCCAAACUAUCACCACAGUAUUUGGGAGUAUAAAAAAAAGGCCCUAAAACUGGCUAAUAUCUCGGAGUGUAUUACGAGAAGUACUCAAACAAAUAUUUGUCAGUUCAAGAGAUCAAGAGAAGUUCAAGCAUCAGAAUCAAAAAGCAUAUCGAUUCAAACACACGAAAAUUAUCAAAGAAACGCCAGUCAUUGAAGACGAAUGUCGAAAGGGACAUUGUAAGUUAUCAGUUCCAUAAUUGAACAUACGUUUGAGAAAUGGUGCUGUGUUGCUAAUGGAAUAAAUUGGACUUGACAGUCAGACAUCGUUUCAUUUUCUGUUUCCAUUUAUCAUCAAUUACAUUCUACACUUGUUGAUUUCAAGUAAUGUUUAUUCGAAUCAGCCCUACGACAUUGGAAAAAACAACUCACUUCUACAAUACAAGUUGUAUUUUUCCAGUUUAUGCGAAUUACUUCAAUACAACCACUUCGUAAUUUUCGUCCGGUAUAUCUUAAACAUUAGGUCAAUUUUUACACCAAAAAAUGACUACAGAACACGACAAUUAAUUAAUUAAUUACACGUUUGAAUACAAUCAAGUUUUGCCUUUUACAAUUUUUCUCAGUGUUUGACUCUCUCCCUCCUUCAAAGAUUGUUUUUCAUUGCGUAUAACGAACUAUUAUACGGGAAAGGUACACAAUAUUCAAGGAUGUGUAUGUUAUGCUCAUUUCGAUUGGUUCAUUCCAGACUUUUCACCAACUUUUCAAAUUCACUGACCUGUGCUUUCAGUCGUUUUCACGGUAAUUAUGUAAUUAUCUCAGUUUCGUUUUAUUUAUAUAAUGCAAAAUAUAAUCAGUUACAACCAUGAAUGAUUAUAUCGGUCCAUUGCAUAACCAAAAAAAAAAAAAAA